AUGUCAUUGAUAGAAUCUAACCCAAAUAUUAGUAAUAGUAAAAAAAAGUGUAUUGUGGUGACAGGUGGUGUGACAGCUAUGCCACCAUUCUUGAAGAAGUUCUUCCCAGCAGUAUAUAGAAAGACGGUGUUAGAGAAAGGAUUAGACAGUAAUUACUGCAAAUAUGACAAUCAAGGAUUGCAGUUAUUUACGUCUUCCUUAUAUCUAGCCGGUUUAACUGCCACUUUCUUUGCAUCCUAUACCACUCGAGUUUUGGGGAGAAGACUCACGAUGUUGAUUGCUGGCUUUUUCUUCAUUGCUGGAGUUAUCUUUAAUGCUGCUGCUCAAAAUCUUGCCAUGCUCAUUGUUGGAAGAAUCUUACUUGGUUGUGGUGUUGGCUUUGCUAAUCAGGCUGUGCCGGUGUUUCUUUCCGAAAUCGCUCCUUCAAGAAUACGUGGAGCUUUGAAUAUACUUUUCCAACUUAAUGUCACUAUUGGCAUUUUGUUUGCUAACCUUGUCAAUUAUGGAACCAACAAAAUCAAAGGUGGAUGGGGUUGGAGGCUAUCUCUAGGGUUGGCUGGCAUCCCAGCACUUCUACUAACACUUGGUGCCAUCUUAGUUGUGGACACUCCUAAUAGUCUCAUAGAACGUGGUCGAAUGGAUGAAGGAAAAGCCGUACUCAAAAAGAUUCGUGGCACUGAAAAUGUUGAACCAGAGUUCUUGGAGCUUGUUGAGGCAAGUCGUAUAGCUAAAGAGGUUAAGCGCCCUUUUAGAAACCUUCUCAAACGCAAAAACCGUCCCCAACUUGUGAUUUCGGUCGCAUUGCAAAUAUUCCAACAAUUCACAGGCAUCAAUGCGAUCAUGUUUUAUGCGCCAGUGUUAUUCAACACAUUGGGAUUCAAGAACGAUGCUUCGCUCUAUUCCGCUGUGAUAACAGGAGCUGUGAAUGUCCUCUCCACAAUUGUAUCUAUCUACUCGGUGGACAAAGUUGGUCGUCGUGUGUUGUUAUUGGAAGCCGGUGUACAAAUGUUCUUGUCUCAAGUUGUAAUAGCUAUCAUUUUGGGGUUCAAGGUCACGGAUCAUUCAGAUAAUCUUUCAAAAGGUUACGCAAUUUUCGUAGUUAUCAUGGUUUGCACUUACGUGUCUGCUUUUGCUUGGUCUAUAGGUCCUCUUGGAUGGCUUAUUCCAAGUGAGACAUUUCCAUUGGAGACUCGGUCGGCCGGACAAAGUGUCACCGUUUGUGUCAAUUUGCUCUUCACCUUUGUCAUUGCACAAGCUUUUCUAUCCAUGUUAUGUCAUUUCAAGUUUGGCAUCUUUUUGUUCUUCUCUGGUUGGGUUUUGAUGAUGUCAAUCUUUGUGUUUUUCUUGGUGCCCGAGACAAAGAACAUACCAAUUGAAGAGAUGACUGAGAGAGUAUGGAAGCAACAUUGGUUUUGGAAGAGGUUUAUUGAAGAUGAUCAUGACAAUGAGAAAAUAGAAAAUGCUGAUAAUCCUGAGAGAAAAAAUAAUAAUGGAUGCAGAUAUUGUUGGAAGUGUUUGAGUUCCAUCAAUUGAAAUUUGAAUAUUGAUCUCUCGAGAACAUAAAAUGAAUAUUAAGUUGUCAUUGUAAUCAAAAAUUAGCUAUCCUGUUUUGGAAGCUGUAUAUAAAAUAAUAAAAUUAUGUCUUUAGAAAGA